GUCCGGCUUUUACAUUUAUGACCCCAUGUUGCGUGCACGUGCCAGAUGUCUGGUCCUUCUGAAAUGUUCCUGUUUGCAGAGACGCAGUGAAGCGCGUGCUUUAAAAAUAGAGAAAAUACAGCGCGAGCGCUUUUCCCCUGCUGUUUACUGAGAGUUAAAGCAGCGUAAAGGGGUGAGAGAGAGAGAGAGAGAGAGAGAGAGAGAGAGAGAGAGAGCGCGCGCUGAGAUUUAUCAUUCACCGCAUGUCAAACACUCCACUUCUCCAUAGAAACCCCGCAUGUGCAGGCAGGAACUUUAUUAAAGGCAGAUAGCGGGAUGAUAAGCGGCGCUGGCUCGCUAUCCGUUCCUCUUUUCCUCCUUUUUCUCUUUUUUAUGAUGCUGAUUGCUGGUAGAAAAGAUGACAGAGGUAAAUUGCUCUUUUAAUUAAAGCAAUGCUGCAGAGGAAAUUGUCCUCGGUGAAUAGUGGUGCUCAGAGAUGGAGCUCGAGACAGUUGCCUAGAAACUUCAAUCUGCCUCGCAUUUAUUCCAGAUCACAGUUUUGAGAUAAAGUUUAAUAAAAAAUCUUCUCACCCCCUCACUCACUCACACACACACACACACACACACACACACAGAAUGAAAGCCUGCUCCCCUUCAGCAGCGCACAGACCUGCAGGACAGAACCUGGUGUUUAACAUGUAUCUCUCAGAUCCGACAGAAAAUUUACUGAAGGAAAGUAAAAGUUCGUCUUGGAGUCCCAUCAAUGCAGGAGUACAGAAAGGAAGUGGUCAGAUCCAGCUGUGGCAGUUUCUCCUGGAGCUCCUGUCGGAUAGCUCCAACGUGUCGUGUAUAGCAUGGGAGGGAGCGAGCGGUGAGUUUAAGCUGACCGACCCAGACGAGGUGGCCCGACGCUGGGGGGCGCGUAAGAGCAAACCCAACAUGAACUACGACAAGCUGAGCCGCGCUCUGCGCUACUACUAUGACAAGAACAUCAUGAGCAAAGUUCACGGCAAGCGCUACGCCUACAGGUUCGACUUCCGGGGUCUGGCGCAGGCCUGCCAGCCAACUUCCUCUUCCGCUUCCUCCUCCUCUUCCUCCGAGGCCCUUUACACACUCCACACCAACUUCACCUCCAUUCCAUUCUCAGGAAUCUCCAAGCUGAACCUGGUGGCUCCCGGCGUCGGUCCUCACGGCUUUCCGUACUGGACCGGAUCCGGACCCACACUGUACCCGGGUCAUGGCCUGCAGCCGCCUACGCAUUUCAGUGCGGCGCACAUCAGCUGCGUGAACAACAUCAACCACCUCAACAACAUAAACAAUCACUAUAACUGAGUGGGCAGAGCCAUGUGGGUGUCGGAAUUUUCCAGAAAAGGCUGGUCAAGGUGACUGGAUUUGUAGCUAAUCUUAAAAAACUCUCCAUGUCGCUGAUCUUCUCCGAGUACAAUAACAAAUCCGCUCACUUUGACUCGCGGUACCUCUGUGCUAACAGAUUUCUAACCCGGGCCUCUGUAAACAGAGUUAGCAUAAACUCUGAAUAUCGGCUAACUGCAAAUCCAACCACAGAGUCACAGACUUUGUGAACAAUUAGCUGUUAUAAGUUGCGGGAUCAUUAUUUAGCAGAGUAAUUAGUAUUAAAUCUGUAAAUAAUUUGCAGGAUGUGUCGUAGCCUAGUGUGGCAAUGAUGCCAUUUUGGAUAUAGCAACAAGCUAGUGAGCUAAACAAUGUAAACAACAACACAAGUGCUGGCUAGCUCAGCUGGAAUGUAAUUAUAAAAGCCUGAUGCACAUGUGUGUGAACAAUAUUAACCAGAAAACAUUCAUAAAAAAAACAAAACAAAACAACAAUCUGUCUUUAUUAGCAACUUUUAUCGCUAAGCAUUUUUAGACAGUUGCAUGCUAAUGAAUGUAGCCUGGUCACAAACAAUAAAGAUGUUGCUAUAGUAAGAUUUCCAGGUUUUUUUGUAGCAUGUUGCACUGAUAUUAGGAUGAGGGGCCUGGCUGUUGAAUCAGGAUGAAUUAAAUCUGGAACAAAUGAAGAACUGUAAAUAAAUGAAGCUCUAAAGCUGAUGUUCUGCUGCUGCUUCUCAC